UAUGACGAAGAUCGACAAACUUAUGUAAAUGAGGUUGACGUUGAAGAGUUCCUUAGAGGGGCGUGCCUCAACAUUUCAGUGAUCCAAGUCUAUAUGAUGUGUUUAUUCCACGAACACACCUUUGCAUUUGACAACUCUCAGAUUGGGUUUGUUUGUCCCGAGGCAAUGUCAAGCUCUAGAAUCAAGGCCAACCCUCAGGCUGCAUCAAUGUAUUUGAAAGUAGUUUUCAAUGCUGAAAUUGAAAAGGAGAAGAAGGGUGAUCCUAACAUUACCAAGUGGUUUUUGAUCCCAUACCAUCAAGAAAAUCAUUGGAUUUUGUACGUGUUAGACCUACGUAGAGGUUGUGCGUAUAUUUUCGACUCUGCGAUAGGUUCCAACCGAGAAAAUAGUGCAUGGGGAAUCUUGUGUUUGGCAUACCAAGUGUACAAGUUUAAUGAUGGAAUUUGUCCGAAUAGAGCGACUAUGCAGGGGUUGAAAGGCUUCCAUGUAAAGUGUGCUCAACAAGUCGGCGCCCGCGAGUGUGGCUAUUACGUUAUGAAGUUCAUGCAUGAAAUAGUCACGUUACACCAUAACACUGAUGAGCGGUUAGACAAUGCUUACACUCCAAGAAAUGCGCCUUAUACCGAUGAGGAAAUAGAUGUGGUUCGUGAGCAAUGGGCUAAGUUUUUUACAACCGAGUAUUUAUUUACUUAGGUUGUUUAGACACAAAGAUGGAAGCGUUUAUAUCUUCAUGGAUUUGGCUAGGGAUCGAGUCGAUUGGAAGAAAGUCAACACGACCUUACUUAAGGUUUGUACGUAAUGCAUGAUCUAAAGGGACCUAAGUGGCUGGAUUAGAGACAUUUGUUAGAUUAGCUCUCUAGCCUUUUGUCUUUAGUUGUUAAUAUUAGUUGUAAUUUGUUAGACUAGCUAGGUGUUUAAAAAUUGUAAACAUACGUACUAUAUAUACGCUUUGCUCUGUUGGGUUAAUAUAAAUGAAGUUAAUGUAAUGAUUUAUUUAUCAAAGAUAAGCAGAUUCAUACCUUUGCUA